AUCAGACAGCGUCUCAGGCAAGCACCAGACGCGCCCCGUGCCUGCCAUGGCCCGGCUGUUGCGGGCGUCCUGCCUUCUCUCCCUGCUCCUGGCUGGCUUCGUCCCGCCGAGCCGGGGGCAGGAGAAGUCGAAGUCACCACGGAUGGUGUCUGAACCCACAACGGACUGCCAUGCUGAUGUGAGCGGCACCAUCUAUGAGUACGGAGCCCUCACCAUCGACGGACAGGAGUACAUCCCCUUCAAGCAGUACGCUGGCAAAUACAUCCUCUUUGUCAACGUGGCCAGCUACUGAGGCUUGACGGGCCAGUACGUUGAACUGAAUGCACUACAGGAAGAGCUUGAACCAUUUGGUCUAGUCAUUCUGGGCUUCCCCUGCAACCAAUUUGGAAAACAGGAGCCGGGAGAGAACUCGGAAAUCUUACCGAGCCUCAAGCAUGUCCGACCAGGUGGGGGCUUUGUCCCCAAUUUCCAACUCUUUGAGAAAGGGGAUGUGAACGGGGAGAAAGAGCAGAAGUUCUACACGUUCCUGAAGAACUCCUGCCCUCCCACCUCAGAGCUCCUGGGCUCACCUGGCCGCCUCUUCUGGGAACCCAUGAAGGUCCACGACAUCCGCUGGAACUUUGAGAAGUUCCUGGUGGGGCCAGAUGGCAUACCCAUCAUGCGCUGGUACCACCGGACCACGGUGAGCACUGUCAAGAUGGACAUCCUGGCCUACAUGAGGCGGCAGGCAGCUCUGGCGGUCCAGGGGAAGUAAAUCAGGCCUGCCCCACCCCCUGUUCACCGUGCGGGGGCUGGGGAGGGACUCCGUUCAGGAAGGAAUCCAUUUCUCUAACUACGCCACACUCCCACCAUAGACCCCUCACUAUUACACAAGGCCCCAACCUGACCCAAACACAUGCAAACAGUUGUGUCUGUACUGCUGUGCACGUGGGCAUCUGCACACGUGCCUACAGGUGUGUGUGAUGGUGUGUGUGCAGGAGGGAACACCACCUGUGUCUACCUGCGUGAAUACGGGGAACGUGUACCAUAUGUGUACGCACAGCUCUGUGCUACGGAGAGUGCGGGAGAACACCUCCCCUUUCUCUCCUGUUCUGUUCGGGGGAGAACCAUUCACUUUCAGCUGAACCCACGUUAAAACCAGCUCAAGCUCCAACUGUUCUGACCUAGACCUCAACUUGGGGGCCGGCAUCUCCCUUCGCCUCCAGAUAUCACCACCACUUAAGUGCCCGGAAGUUUCUGGGCCUACCACACUGCCCAAUCUCCCUCUUCUCCACCAUGCAGCCUCUUCUCCUUCCUGAAGGGCCCUCUCGAGUCCCCUACCCUCCACCCCGACCGUAGUGCUCCCCUAGAGCAGCCAAGGCAGACGUUGAGAGCCAGGGCCACGUCCCCGUGUCAGGAAUGGCAUCUCCAUGAAGGAGGGGCCCGAAGCCCUCAUGGGCGGACCUCCCCUGAGCCUGUCUGAAGGGCCGGCCCUUAGUGCAUUCAGGCUGAGGCCCCUGGGCAGGGAUGCCACCCCUGCUUUUCUGGAGGACGUGCCCUUUCCCCUCACCCUGGUCCCUGGCAUUAGACUCUUCCCUGUUUGCCCAGUAAAGGCCUUUCUGCAACA